AUGGAGUACUACAAAACAUUCGAAGGAACCAUCACAGUUAUUCCUAAGGACGGUGGAAGCCUUCUGAAAUGGUAUGAGAUCGCUGACCCACACGUCAUCAAGGACUUUGCUGUCAAGAACUUCAAAGAGAUAGACGAAUAUCUCCUUAAGCAAAGAUCUCCACUGGUGAAUAUAUCGGAUGAGAGGAUCGAAGCAGUUGAUUUGGAGAACAAAAUUAUUCCUAAGGACGGUGGAAGCCUUCUGAAAUGGUCUGGUGAGUUUGAGAAGACCAGCCAUGAGAUCGCUGACCCACACGUCAUCAAGGACUUUGCUGUCAAGAACUUCAAAGAGAUAGACGAAUAUCUCCUUAAGCAAAGCGCUUAA